CAACUUGAGAGAGCACUGCACUGAGGUUACUGCUCGGAGAUGGCGGACAUGGCAGGAAAAGAAUUGAGAAGUGAGAGUUCUGAAGAAAUUGUUGAAACGCAACGACUUCUCCCCCUACCUCUUUUCACAGAUUCACCAUCCAAUCAUUUGGAAUCGGAACAACAUGCGCAUAUAUCAUCCUCUACUUUUGUUCAUUUCUAUAGCCUUUUCAUGGAAGAUAAGGUGAUGGUUGAUAUUAAGAACCUGAUACAAGAUAGCGGAGAUGGUCGCUUGCUACCAACAUGUUGUAUCUAUAGGGUGCCCCUUACAAUCCGUCAUCUAAAUGAAGAGGCUUACACCCCAAAAGUUAUUUCAAUUGGCCCCUUUCAUUAUGGUGAUCCAAGGCUGCAAGAUAUGGAAGAGCACAAACAAAUUUUGUUCAAAGCAUUUACGCAAAUUUGUAAAACGUUCAGCGCAACAGGUUUGUGCAUCUUACUCUGAGAACAUCAAACUUAGUGAGGAGGAACUUGUGAAAAUGGUAUUAGUAGAUGCUGGUUUCAUCAUUGAGUUCUUCACGAGAUGGAAAAAGUUUCCUUAUGAGUUUGACAACGAUGCUAAACUGUCACAAUCACGGUUAUUAGAUACUAUCACUAAGGAUUUGCUUUUGCUCGAGAAUCAACUUCCUUUCUUCGUUAUUGAAGAGCUCUUCAAUAUAGCCUUUCCCCUUGACCAACGUGACCUCCCUUCAUUUUUUGAUCUAUCUUGUCAGUACUUUGAUUAUUUUAAUGUACAAAAGUUAAAGCCCAAUAAUGAUGUUAGCAUAAACCACUUCACAGAUCUUCUUAGACAGUUUUACUUACCAAGAACAAAACCAAAAACGGAUUCAUUUCUACAGGUCACCCAUGUUCUUUUGUAUAGUGCAAGUGAGCUACAGGAAGCAGGGAUAAAGUUGAAGGCAAGCGCAAGCAAGUGCUUACUAGAAUUAAAAUUUUCUGGACAUACUCUUGAGAUCCCAAAAUUUUUUGUGGAAGAUUCAACAGAAAAGUUGUUUCGUAAUAUGAUAGCUCUAGAGCAAUGUCAUUAUCCCUGUGAAUCUUACAUUACUGACUAUGCUAUGGUGUUGGAUUGCCUGAUCAACACCCAUAAAGAUGUGGAUGUCCUUGUUCAUAGGAAAAUAGUCACCAACUAUUUAGGUGACACCAAUGAUGUUGCUGCAAUGGUUAAUGGUCUCUGGAAAAAUGUCGUUCAUGAGAAUUUCAAUUCUGAAUACCUUGAUACUUGUCGAAGGUUGAAUGAAUUUUGUGAACAUUGGUGGCAAAAGAAGAAGAUGGCAUUGAGACGCGAUUAUUGUCGUACACAGUGGCAAUUUGUUGUCUCCAUUGCUGGAGUCAUGCUCCUCAUUCUCUCCGUUGUUCAGACCAUAUUUUCCAUCCUCCAAGUAGUGAAGUAGUAGAUUUCAAAGCAUUUAUCUUUUCUGAUAUUUGACUGUUCUAUUAUAUUGUCCAAGUUUGUUAUGAAUGCUGUGAAAUUUUUCAAACUCGCAAUUUCCAAAACAUUGUUAUAUAA